UCAUUGACCAUUCCGUUUAGGGAAAUAAAAAAAGAACAAGAAACUUUGAGAAGUGCAUUCCAAUGCAAACAAACCCUCCCCAAAUCUUAGAAUAAGAGUCAAGUCACCAAAUUUUAAGCUUCUUACAGAUGAAAUUCCAACUAUUUUAGCAUAAAAUGCUUAGUACAAAUAGGCAUUCAUGGACACAACCUUCUCCACAACAAACUAAUUUUCAUAUCUACCUCAUCAAAAACAUUUAGAAAGAAAAACAUUUGUAACAAUGGCCAUUCGGUUCCCAUAUUUCCCUCCACCACCUCCAGCUGUAAAGCCGCCAAGUCACCCAGCGCCGCCACCACCAGCAGCAAAGCCGCCGAGUCACUCAGCCCCGCCACCACCAGCAGCAAAGCCACCAAGUCACUCAGCCCCACCACCACCAGCAGCAAAGCCGCCAAGUCACUCAGCCCCGCCACCACCGGCAGCAAAGCCCCCAAGCCACUCAACCCCACCGCCUCCGGCAGCUAAGCCACCAAGCCCCUCAACUCCGCCACCACCAAGUCACUCGACCCCACCACCACCACAUCAGCCAUUUAGCCCACCGCCACCUCAUGUACACCCACCACCAGCACUGCCACCCCAUGUAGCCCCACCACCGCCACCAUUGCCACCUUCUCCAUCGCCGAAUCACCCCACCGUCAUAAUCAUUAUAUGCAUCUCAUUUGGUUCUGUUUUCUUCCUUGCAUUUCUUGCAAUUGCUCUAUGUUGUUUCAUCAAGAAAAAGAAGAAGAAGAGUACUAUCCGAGAAACCGAAGUCAUUCAUUUCGACGAACAUAGGAAGAUCAAGGAGGCCAUAGUAGAAGGUCCCCAUGGACCACAAGCUGUGGUACUAUCAGUUGAGGAUGAUGUUCAUAUAGAUGAGGCGAUCAGGAAAAAUGAGAAAUCUGAUAAGAGAUGGCCUUCUUCGAGUUCAAAUGUCCAAGAAACUGAUUUUAUUCAUGUUGAUGAACAUGAGAAGGUGAAAGAAGGCAUUGUAGAAGGUCCUCAUGGAUCAAAAGCUAUGCUGUUGACAAUUGACGAUGAUAUUCAUGUCGAUGAGAAGAUAUGCAAGAACGAGAGAUCUGGUAAAGAGGGUCAUCACCAUCUGGUACACAAGGCCGGUCUAUAAAAGUGUUAUGGACAUUCAAACUCGUGUGCUGUUAUUCCUUCCAUGUAAUUCAUAAAAAUUCAUCACUGAGAUUCAAGUGAUGUAUGUAAUUCAUAAAAAUUCAUCACUGAAAUUGAA